UCAGGUAUGACAUCAAGGCUCUUAUUGGGCGAGGAAGCUUCAGCAGAGUGGUGAGAGUUGAACACAGAGCCACCAAACAGCCUUUUGCCAUCAAAAUGAUUGAAACAAAAGCUAAAGAAGGAAAGGAGGUGUGCGAGUCUGAGCUGAAUGUGCUUAGGAGAGUGAGCCAUCGGAACAUCAUUCAGCUGAUCGAGGUUUUUGAGACCCAGGAUCGUAUCUACAUGGUGAUGGAACUGGCUACUGGUGGAGAACUUUUUGACCGCGUCAUUGCCAAAGGAUCAUUUACAGAGAGAGACGCAACAAGGGUAUUGCAGAUGGUUUUAGAUGGAGUGAGAUACUUACAUACCUUGGGAAUUACACACAGAGAUUUGAAACCAGAAAAUCUUCUGUAUUAUCACCCAGGUUCAGACUCCAAGAUCCUUGUCACUGACUUUGGACUAGCCAAUUCCGGGAAUAAAGGUGGAGAUUGGUCCAUGAGGACCACUUGUGGGACACCAGAGUACAUUGCACCUGAAAUUCUGUUGAGAAAACCUUACACCAAUGCAGUAGAUAUGUGGGCUUUAGGUGUAAUCUCCUAUAUUUUGCUGAGUGGAACUAUGCCAUUUGAAGAUGAAAACCGGACGAGGCUUUACAGAAUGAUUCUGAAAUGCAAAUACAGUUAUGUAGGUGAGCCAUGGCCAAAUGUUUCCAAUCUUGCCAAGGACUUCAUUGAUAAACUAAUCACAAUAGACCCAAAUGAGAGAAUGGCAGCUGCGCAAGCUUUGAAACAUCCAUGGGUUGUGACAAUGGCGGCUUCGUCCUCUAUGAAGAACCUACAUCGGUCAAUCUCUCAGAAUUUGAUGCGGAGGACAUCUUCCCACAGUCCAAGCUCUAAGUCAGCGCAGUCUACCAGGUCAAGCCGUUCCAGCAAGUCACGUCGUUUACAUGAGAAGGAAAUCCAGGAGUUUAACCUGUGGUACCAGCAACAUAUUGAUUAGUAGUGAUCAAUGGGCUGUCAAUCAAAGUUCUUACAGCUGUAUAAACUGUUCUUCAUACAAAACAAAUGGUUGAUCGGUUGACCAUUUUAAUGAGCCCAAAUAAAGUUCGAACAAUUCCUAGACAUAGCCACAACACUGCAGUUAGACACACUGUUGAACAAUUGUCAUCUCAAAAUAGUUUUGUCAGUAUUUUAGCAACUCUGUUUAAUCAGUGUCAUCUUUAGGAUUGACGUAUGUGUUUCUGCCGUCUAAUGUAAAGUUCAAAGCUUUUUUCAUCUUUUCUGACUUCCGUUUAGCACUAAGAAUUAUUGGGUCUGAUUUUAUUGUAAGUAUUUUUGUCAAAUAAGAAACAGGAGAAGCAAGCCAGCUACCCCAGGAAGAAAGCAGAUUGAGACCUGAAUCAUCCUGAUGGUCAGUUUAAUUUCCAGAGCUGUCUGAGCAUUCCAUAGAAUGGGAAAACUGUUGACUUAUCUUCUGAGCAGUUAGUUUAAUGGAAGGAGAGCUAAAAAAGCAUUAAUGCCACUAAGACCUAACUCCUGGUUUUUGGAAUAGCCUCAUGGGGCCCCUUUAAGAUCCUCGAGUUUUGCUGCUCCAUGUUCCAAGCCACUAAACAGAGCAUAUGAAGCCUAAACUGCACCCAAUGGUGCUUGAACGUGGCAGUCUUAUUAACAUCUUGGGGCCAGGUGUUGUAUUUUCAUAUGAUGUUCUCUAGUGUAUUUGCUGAAGAGUUUUGGCCGCAGCUCCCAAAUGAAAUGGUAAUAUGACUAGGGAUUUCUCCUUUUUAACUUUGGAUGCAUGACUAUACCAUUCCUCUCCAAAAACACGGACCAAAAUCAGGACCAAUAUUCUUACAAUGGUAGUAUUCCAAAAACCUGAUUUGCAUAGUAUUUCUUAUUCAUUAGCAUAAAAAUUCACAGUUUCUUUGUUCAUAGCAUGUUUCAGCUUUUUAUAUUAAAUGUAUUAGAAGUUCUGCGGGCAAUAAAAAUGAUCCUUAAUCUAUAGAGUUAAAUAUUUGCACCAAAUAGGGAAAUAUAACUUAAAUAUUUGACUAAGUGAUAGAGACAUGAUCUUACAUUUGUUGCAAAUAUUAUUGCUUAUUAAUUAUUAACAUAAUUAAUUAAAAUCUGGCCCAAUUGAAUUAAAUUCCAUAAAUAUGCCACUACUCAAAAGUAAAAUCUUUUGAGUAUAUGAACUCUGAAGUGUCUCCGAGCAAGAAAGGUGGACGUGGAAGUUGUAGGCAUUAUCAUUUUGAGAUUUACAUGCUGAUUCAGUUCCGACACAAUUAGAUACCUAAAUACCAUUUUGCUAAAUUGGAGGCUAGUCAGUCAAUAAUAUCAAAUGAGUCUGUCAAAGCUACAUAUAUUUUAAUCAUAAUGAAAUAUUGAACAAGAUCUUUAUGGGUUGUUUUAAAAUGAAAUAAAACACAUCUUUGUAGUUGUUUUGUUGCAUUGUUGGCAAAUAUUCCAAAUUAAACAAAGACCACGAUAUUUCCCCUCCCAAGAAAAGUAGAAGAAUAUAUACUCAUGGAGUCAGUUAAAUUAUCCAACAGCUGACAAAAUGUCAAAAGGGAGUUAUAAGAUGUGUAAUAUUGAUGAGGAGACCUGUCCAACAGACCUGCCAAGACUGCAAAGUUAUUUAAAACUCCAUCCCUUUUAAUCUUUGCAAAAAAGUUGGAGAAUUAAAAGAAAUAUUCCUUUCUAUUCCACUGUUUUUAUGACCUAAGCCCAAGGAUUUCUGUUAUGGAUUAAUGCAGCAUCACUGACCUGGGAACUUUACACGUUUCAGAAUUCAAUAUCAAAUCUAAUAAGUUUAGAGCUUGAACACUUCCUUCUGUGUCUUUUACCCACCACCACACCCUAGGUUCUAACAUGCCAUGGAUUGCUUUCAGCACAACCAAUCCAUUUUCAUCCAUUCAUUGUCUCCAUUAUCACCCAUCUAGCUUUUCUUCUUCUCUGGCUUCCUAUAACAAUCCCUUUGUCUGCCUAACUUUUUCCUCUCUAUGUCUCUGUCUCUAGGCUCCAUCUUCACCUGUCUGCUCACUCCUCCCUCUGCCCCCCAACCCCUGUCACCAGCAUAAAUAACACAUUUUCCUGUUAUCAAUUCUGAAGAAGGGUCAUUGGACUUGAAGCUUUAACUGUGUUUUCUCUACACAUAUACUGCCAGAUCUGCAGAUUUCUUCAGCAAUGUCUGUUUUUGUUUCAGAUUUCCACAGUUCUUUGUUUUAUAUCAUAUCCAUUAACACAAUGGGGAGCUUCCAUUUGAAAACCUGCAUGACAGCUACAAGUCCGUUUAGAAACUUUGAAGUAAAACUUCUUCAUGUAGAUUGGGAAAAUCAAAUUGGCAGACGUAACCACAAAUAAGAAUUCAUAGGGUAUAUUUGGGACAGUUGUCUAAAACAAUAUGUUAUAGGUGCAACCAGGGAUCAGACUAUUUUGGAACUGGUAAUGUAUAAUGAGGCAGGUUUAAUAAAUGAGGAUAAUCACAGGAAGAAGACAGAGUUGGCUGCAGCGUUUUGAGAAAUGUGUUUAGCAGCAAAAUAUAGUUGAUGAACAAUGGCAGACAUUUAAGAAAAUAGUUCAUGAGUCACAACAAAAGUGUAUUCCACUGAGAAAGAACAAUUCUACAAAAGGGAUAAAUCAACUAUGGUCAAUCAAGGAAGUUAGGAUAGCAACAAAUUGAAAGAAAGAACAUAAUGAUGCUGGAAAGGUUGACGGUAAACCUGAGUUUUAAGAAAGUUUUCAAAAAUUAACCACAGAUGACCAAAAAAUAAUAAAAUGGGAGAAAAUAAACUUAGAGAGUAAACUAACAAGUAAUGUCAAAAUGAACAUUACAAGCUUUUGUAGAUGUAUUAAAAGGAAGAGAGAGGUUAAAUUGAACAUAGGCCAUUAGAGGUUAUAGGUUAACAUUGACAGUGUGGGAAAGACAGAGAUGGCUACAGAGCUUUAGGUGCCAUGAGUUGGCAUGGAUGGGCCAUGGGGAUUUUCAAGAAGUGAGUGAAGGGUUAGGAGUUAGAGGGAUGUUUUAUGUUUUACUCUUUAUUUUAGAAGAACUUUGGGCAAUGCGCCAGAGCACCAAGGCAGGUUUUCUCCGCCAUCCUACUUCUGCAUUGAACAUACUCCCUGGGCCUACCAGCCCAACUUCUAAGCCAGCCUUCAGCAUUUCCCGACCUUGCAUGGAAAACCACUGCUACAGGUUCUGUUCAUACAGCCAGAUUGUUCAUUUCUCUACACAGCCAACCUGGGAAUGAAUACUGGGGUUAUUGUGUUACCUCAACAUUUGCCUGCAUACAGGCCAAAUAUCUAGCCAGGCUGUUACAGUUUUAGCCUAUUAACAAAACAGCUUAUAACAUUGAGACCAGAAACGGUUGCAUUACCUUCUAAUGUGUUACUGUGCUCCCGAUCCAGUUUAACUGGUAAAGUUCCUGCGUGGGAGGGCCAGCAGCCUGCCUCAAGCUGGUUGGGCCCUCCUUAUCAUGCUAAGGAUUGAUGUUGCCAUUGUAGAUGCCACAGUGCAAUUUUGAUUCCAAACUUUAGAAUACACCAUAAUGCCAAAGACAGUGGUAAACCCUGGAGGAAUAUAGUGAAAUAUAUAGUUGGUCAAUGUUGAAUGAUCUUUAUAAACUGUGCAUUAGGAGAAGCAGGAAAAUUUGUCAGUCCUUAUACUUUUGGAGGUCAGAAGUUUGUAACCCGCUUCUUACUCCAUACAUCCGAUUCCCAUUCAGAGCUAAACUAUGCUGCUUAUGUUUUAAAAAUUCUUGUGUAAUGAGGUGUGGCUAUCUAUGGUAAGAAAUGCACAAAAUAAAUACAAGUUCAAUAUUUUUUCAGAUUAAAAUCUGAAAGAGUUCAUCAAUUUGAUCAAACCUAUAUAAGUAAAAUAAAAUUUGGAGGCCAUUAAACAAGAUGCAAAUU